AUGUUGAUAAAUGCUACUCUCACUGCCACUGUUGAAGACCAAUCCAGUAAAAUAGCCGGUCUUGCAUCAUUUGAAUCGAUCGUUGCUUCGCAACAGCAGCAACUUGAUCAUAUUAUUAAGAUUAAAGAAUUACUGUUAACAGAUAUUAAAUCACUUAAAUUCCAGAUAGGAGAAGCUUCAUAA